UUGGCUACAGCGUGAAUGACGUCAGGCUCCUCCAGCCCCCGAGAGGCGCCCCGCCCGGGCCCGGCGGAGACCCCGCCUUCCGAUUGGUGCCGAGGGCGAGGAGGCGGGCGCGGGCGCCGAGGCCGGCCUCGGGGUCUGGGCGCGCAACCCAACAUGGCGGCGGCCGGCGGCGGGCGGCUGGCGCUCGGCGGGCGCGGGCCGUGGCGGCACGCCGCGACGGGGGCCGCCCUCAGACCCCCCGAAGCGGCCGGCCCCGGCCCCUCGGCGGCCCCCGUGGCCGCCUACCCGCCGGUGGCGCCGUCCCUGACCGCCGACAGCGAGGCGGCGCGGCGGCGGCGCGUGGCGCGGUGGCAGGCGGCGGUGCACGCGGCCGCGUCGGUGGACGAGAAGCUGCGCGUGCUCACCAAGCUGCAGUUCCCCAAGUACGUGGUGCCGCCGCAGACCGGCGCGCGCCACGCCGACCGCUGGUACCAGAGCCUCACCAAGACCGCCUUCCUGGCGGGCCUGCCGCCGCCCGCCGCGCCCCCGCCGGCCGUGGCCCUGGCGCCCUUGCGCGCCGCCGCCCGCGACUGCCUGCUGCAGGAGCACGCCUUCCGGCGCCGCCGCCCGCGCGAGCCCGCCGCCGCCGCCGCCGCCGCGGGCCUGGACCGGCUGGUGGGCUCGCUGGCGGGCCUGCUGGGCGCGCACAGCCCGGCGCUGGCCGCCGCGGCGCUCGAUCGUAAACGUCCGGUUCACUUCUACUGGGUACGUGGGGAAGAAAUUAUUCCUGGUGGCCAUCGGAAAGGCCGAGUGGAUGCUUUGCGAUACCAAAUAAAUGAUACACCACACAACCAGAUUCGAAUAUCCAGACAGCUCCCCGAGUUUGUGCCGCUGGAUUAUUCUGUACCCGUAGAAGUCCCUGUUAUGAAUUGUAAGCCAGACAAACUUCCGUUAUUCAAACGGCAAUAUGAAAAUACCAUAUUUAUUGGCACAAAGACAGCAGAUCCACAAUGUUAUGGACAUACCCAGUUUCAUCUGCUACCUGAUAAGUUAAAAAGGGAAAGGCUUUUGAAACAAAACUGUGCCGAUCAGGUAGAAGUUGUCUAUAGAGCUAAUGCGAUCGCGAGCCUUUUCGCUUGGACGGGAGCGCAGGCUAUGUAUCAAGGAUUCUGGAGCGAAGCCGAUGUUACGCGACCUUUUGUCUCCCAGGGUGUGAUCACAGAUGGAAAAUACUUCUCCUUUUUCUGCUACCAGUUAAACACUUUGGCCCUGACUGCACAAGCUGAUCAAAAUAACCCUCGUAAAAAUAUAUGUUGGGGGACACACAGUGAGCCUCUUUAUGAAACCAUCGAAGAUAAUGAUGUGAAAGGUUUUAACGAUGAUGUUUUACUUCAGAUAGUUCACUUUCUGCUGAAUAGACCAAAAGAAGACAUGUCACAGCUGUUGGUAGACUAAGAAAAAACAUUUGAUUCAGAACUUUGGGAAUACUUAUAUUUCACUGAAUGAAUAAUAAAAGGAAUUUUGAUAAUGAGACGUCUGUCAAAUAUUAAAUGCGUUGAUUUUGAGACA